GUAAUUCUGAGUGAUUGGCUAUAGAGUUCCUACUGAUUCAGCCGUUAACUUCACUUGAACUGGCCUUUGUUCUUGGGUGGAACUAGUUCACUCUGCGGAUUGGAAUUGUGUUGCGGUUAUCUAGGCAUCUGCUGCUUUAAAUGAUAUUCAACAGUUUCCGCUGAUGACGCUGUCUGUCUCACACUUCGCUCCUGCAGCCCCUCCCCUUUGUGUCUCAGUGUGUGUGUGCGUACCGUACCACUGUACGGACGACUCAGACCGUUCGUGUAACUACGUACGUCGGUUCUACCACUUCGAUAUCUUUAAUUUUGCCCGUUAUCUACGCACACACGCUCAUCCAUUUGUUCUAUUCAUGUUGUCUGUGUGAAUGAGCUUUUUUUUGUAUUUCUUUCGGUUUUGCGCGCCGUCGUCGUCGUCGCUGACUUCGACUGAUUCUGACACCCGGAGCAGCCGCCGACAACGCCGCGAGUCGCCGCCAGUCGGCAGUAGUCACUAGAUUCGGUGAAUAACAACACCCAAAAGCGGGCCCAACGUUAAGCGGUCAGUGUUGUAUCCAUCCAUCCAUCCAGGUGGUGUAUAGACCCAUUCCCACACACACGCUCACCACCUGCGCACACACCCGCAUACUCCACACUCCGCCCCAUAGACCCAGCCGCAAUCAACGCCGCCAACGCGGGCUACGCAUACGAAGUAACAAAGAACUGAACUGCGUUGAACUGAAGUUCUAUGCAAUCUGUCUGCAUAUGCAUAAUAAAAAGAGUUCAAUUUCCCUUGAAACACAGUUUGAAGUGCGAAAAUUACGUAAAGAAAAUAAUUCCAACGGUAUAAAGUGCGAGUGUUUUUGGGCCUAAACCGUAAUUUUGGGCGUGCGUGUGUGUAGUUUUUUUUAUAUUAUUUUUUAACGUGUUCGUUUGGCUCAAAUUUCGUGGUCAACUUCAACGCCAACGUCUGCGUCGCAGUUGCCGUCAGCGUCAGCGUCGUCGUCGUCGUCGUCGUCGUCGUCGUAGUCACCGACGCAAUCACCGUAGUCGUUUAGCCUUAAAUUUGCAGUUCUUGUUGUUGUUGCAGCCAGCCAGCCGCAGGGCGGAGCUCGGCUAUCAAUUGCUUCCCCUCGUCUCGUGUCGUGCAUCGCGUCGUGCUGCGUUGCUUCGCCUUUGCAAUUGCAAUUGCGUGGGCUACACACCAACAGCAACAACAAUAACAGAAAGCGAGAGAACGUCUGUUUGCGAAAGAGAGUGGAAGAAGCGAAAACAGUGGCGCUGCUGCUGCUGCUGACGGCGCUGCUGUAAGGAGCAUGUCUUCCUUCAAAGAGAAGUUCAAAUUAUGGACCAGAGGGAAAUCUAGUUUGAAUCUGCGUGAGGCAUCGUUUGCACCGUCGGCUAACAAGGACAAGGACAAGGACAGGCUCUCACUGAGCACCGACAACAAAUACACACACAUACAGAAUGAUGGCGGGGGUGGAUUGAGCAGCGGAGUGAGCUCGGCGCCGCCAACGGGCAAGCGCAGUCUCACGGAGCACAGCUUCGAGCGCGAGGAUAAAAAAGACAGCGGCAAUGAGAAGGAUGCCAAUGGGGCGCUGCAGCAGUGCAUCACUGAGCUCGCGGCCUCCAUUGGCAGUGGCGCCAACAAAGCCAACGAACAACAAAGGCCCAACGACAGCAACAGCAACAGCAAGCAGCAGCAGCAGCAGCAGCAGCAGCUGAAGCAGGAGACAGCUGGACAGGCGGAGGCGAGUGGGAUACAUGUGGAACAGCAAUCGAAGCCGUUGCGCACUUCGCACUUCGUGACCGUCAUCGAGGUGAAGGAGGCCAAGGACAAAGACCACGAUGACGCCGCCUCGGCGUUGGGGCUCAAUGACAACGCACUGACGCCACCAUCCACAUUCGGACGCUAUCCGGAACGCAGCAAGGCCGCUGGAACGGAGGCCACGGCACCACCAUUGUCGCCAUCAAUGACAUCGCCCGCCUUGUCCGCCUCAUCGUAUACCGCACAUCUGGAGGCCAAAAAGAAAAUGCCACCCAGACCGCCGCCAAAGAACAUACGACGCGUCGAGCCGCCCACCAUUCCCAGCCAGCAGCAGCAGCAACAGCAGCAGCAGCUGUUGUCGUCGUCGCCAAAGCGUGAGACGCCCUAUGCUGGCAGUGCAAUGCCGUUGCCGGGCAGCAGUGCUGGCGAGAGUCCGGCCAGUUCGCUGGAGCGGAAUAUAAAGCCAUCGGAUAUUUUGCGACAGAAGUCAUCGGAGAAUCUGGAGUCGAAAUAUGCAGCGAAUCGAAAGACAACGCCAGAGCUAAGCAAGCUGGCUAACACGCCUGAGCUGAUGGAGGAGCUGGGGCGCAAAAUGGUUGGCAAGACGGACAGCCUAGAGCACGGGGCGAAGCGCAGCGAUGCCAACAGCAAUAGCAACAGCAAUGGCGGCAGCUUAGGACGCACUGCGUCCACGCCGGGGCGCGCCCUGACGCCAGCUGGGCGCAGUACAGCGGCUGGUGCUGUCGGCGCUUCGCCAACGGGCAGCCUCAAUAAGACAGCCAAACUGGCGGCAGCGGACAGCAGCUCGACGAGCAGCCUGGAGAAGAAGUCGCGCGUCUCACUGCAGGCCAGCGACGCCGAGCUGCCGGCCAAUGCACAGCGCAGCGUCGGCUCCAAGGAGUCGCUCGCAUCACAAGGCAUAUCGGAAGCGAUCAAGAGCUAUGAGUCGGUGUCUUCGCUCAGCUCGGACAGCGCUAAGGCGGCUCAGCAGACGGACAAUGAGCCCUAUUAUGACAGCGUGCCGCUGGACAAUGGCGAUGGGGAGUACGUGUUCAUAAAGCCCGGCCGCACCGGUUCCUCGUCUAGUCGCGAUGAUCUAUCCACGCCGGGCAGCACUCUGCCCAUGGCCCAGUUGAGCAGUCAGACGAGCGUAACGGAUCCCGAAUCUCCAGGCCGUACCUCCAACUAUGUGAACAUUGAUUACUUUAUUCAAAGCAAUGAGACGCGCUCCAGUUCGUUGGACAGCGAUGGCGAGUACGAGGGUCCGCCCAUAUUGCGCACCAUCUCGCAUGACGAACAACAGCACAGCACAUCCACAUCACAGACACCAGGCGCCCUACGCAAGAACUUAGUUUCAGCGAUACUCUUAUCGGGCAAUGCGCGUGGCGCUAAAAUACGUUCCAUAUUAAACUCCAUUAUACACAGCGAGGCGAUCUAUGUGGAGUGCCUGAAUAAGAUGAUACAGUAUAAGCGAGCUAUACACGCCACGCUGAGCACAUCGCAGCCUGUGAUCAAGAAGGAGGAGGAGAAUACGAUUUUCUUUAAAAUCGAGGAGCUGCACAAAGGGCACACCGACUUCCUGGGCGAUCUAAAGACAAUUGUGGCACAUGAGGGCGGCGAUGUGUUGAUUGGGGAGCCGUUCAAGCGCUUGGCCGAUAUGUUCGAUCUAUAUAGCGCAUUUCUGCAUAACUAUGGCCAGGCGAUUGAUACGGUGAAGAAGUGCAGCGCCAACAAUCCGCAAUUUAAGAAAAUUGUCUCCACGAUUGUGGUGAAUCUGCAAACGGAACAGUCGCUGACGCUGGAGGAUCUGCUGCAUAAGCCGGUGGCCAGAGUUCAGAUCAAUGCGCUCGUCUUCAAUGAUCUGUUGCGCGAGACGCCGCCAAAUCAUCCGGACCAUCAGCCGCUGCGACAGGCCCAGAAGAUCAUACAAAUGUUCCUCAAUCAGUUCAAUGUGGUCAAUCAGCGCUUGCCCACCGAAUCGAAUCGCAAUCUGCGUCGCAUGGUGCGCAACUCGUUCAUAGUGGAGCUGGUCGAUGGGCAUCGCAAGCUGCGACAUUUGUUCCUCUUCAACGAUGUGAUUGCGUGCGCCAAGUAUAAGGCAUUGGGCCGCGAUCGCAUCGAUUACGAACUCAAAUGGUAUAUUCCGCUCAAGGAUGUCAACGUUUACGAGGAGUCCGAUACGAGUGCGGACCUCAAGGAAUCUAGUCCCGCGAACAUAUCGCAAGUGAAGCGCAAUUUGCGAUCGGUGCGCGAUCAGCUAACGCUCGAAGCGAACGGCGUGCGCACCGGUGACAAAUAUCGUCGCAAACUGGCCGAUCUGGAGUCGCAGCUGGUGCUGGCCACGCCCAACUUGGUGCUGCGGCUGGGCAAUAAGGCCAACAAUAAGACAAUGACCUUCUUUCUCAGCUCCGAUUUCGAGCGCACACAAUGGAUGGACUCGAUAAUGUCGCUCAAGCAAAAAUGUAAUUUGCCUGGAGCCAAUACGAUCAACUCGUUGGAGGUGACCGCCUUCAUUGUGGCCAUGCAGAAGGGCAUGAAGACUGAAAUGGGCUCCUAUCUGAUGCGCAACACGAACGAUGAGAGUCUGCUCGUUGGCGAUCUGCACAUGGGCGUGCAGGGACUGCAGGGCCUUGAGCAGCCGACGGAUCUGUACAUAUGCAUCGAGGUGGACUCGUAUGGCCAUUACUUCCGCAAGGCAACCACCAAGAUGAUCUGUCGCAGUCAGACGCCGCUGUGGAACGAGAGUUUCAUGCUCGAACUGGAAGGCAGCCAGAAUGUGCGUGUGCUGCUCUACGAGGACAAGGAGCGGCCACUGCUUCGUGCCAAAUACGUACUCAAGCUGAGCCGCAGCUGGCUGACGGAGACGACGCAAACGCGCAACCUCAAGCUGAGCGAAACGUUGGAGCUGAGCGCCAGCUUCCGUUUUGUGCCCGGCGAGCAGUGCCGCGGCAAUACCAAGCCAGGCGCGCUCUUUGGUGCCAAAAUGAGUCAAGUAUUAAAGCGCGAGAAACGCGACAUUCCGUUCAUAAUCAGUGCCUGCAUACGGGAAGUGGAACGACGUGGAAUGUUGGAGGUGGGCUGCUAUCGUGUCAGUGGCUCUGCCUCCGACUUGGCUAAGCUGAAGAAGGCGUUCGAGUCGGAUGCCUACGAGGCAGAACAGCUCCUGCGCGAGGUGGACAUCCAUUCGGUGACAGGCAUACUGAAGACAUUCUUGCGAGAGCUGCCGGAGGCCCUAUUCUCUGAUCUGCUCUAUCCACGCUUCUUCGAUACAUACAGCACAUUAACAAACAACAACGAAGCCACACGCAUCAAUGAGCUGCUCAAGGUAUUUGAGGAGCUGCCGCAGGCUAACAAAGCCUCGAUCAAUCUGAUACUGGACCAUCUAAUCAGAGUGCACGAGAAGGAGGCGGAUAACAAAAUGUCGCUACACAAUCUGGCAAUGGUAUUUGGGCCAACAUUGCUUCGUCCUGGCCAGACGCAGGUCAAGCAAAAGGAUCCUUUGGCAGCGAGCACUGUCGACGUGAUGGCCCAGGCGGGAAUACUCUAUUGCUUUCUCCAGGCGCGCAUCAAAAAGGAUUAGAAACAAAGAGAUAGCACAAGCACACAAAUAUUUACAUAUGUAUAACUCUAUAUAUGCCCUAUGCUUCAAAUGCUCACACACCACCACCACCACCAACAACCACAACAACAACAACAACAACACGCACACACACACCCUACACAACCUGGCUGAUGAUUGUAUAUAACAGGCGCAAAGCUGGCAAAAGGAAUUGCGUUGUUCGUGCUACAGGCGAUUUGAUAGCUAAAAAACAGUGCUCAAUAGCGGGCCAAUAACACACACACACACACACAAACAGACACACAAAUACACAUACUUACAAAAUGUAUACAUGCGUAGACAAGUGUUCAACACUGAUCCUGUGCUGGUCCUAGUCCAGACAUACUUCCUGCUAACCUAGAAACCCCAUCAAGGCUUUUAGCUGCUGCUUUUGCUCGUCUACUCGUUUACAUA